AUGGACGAGCUGAAUAUGCUAGCGUGCAUAACAGCAAAUGUUGGUGGCAUCAAGCGUACGGGAAUGACACAAAUUCUGGGCUGCUUGAAUAUUCUACAUCCAGUCCAAAUCGAAAGUUGGAAUAAAUAUCAGUCGAUCUACGCAAAAUCUGUCGAAUGUGUCACUGAAAAAAGUCUUGAAGCUGCUGGAAAAGAGGCCGCUGAUCAAGCUGGGGUGCCAUGCGACCAUGAAGGUGUUACCAAUGUAACUGGCACUGUUGAUGGAUCGUGGCUGACUCGUCGCGGGCAUUCGAGUUUACAUGGUGUGGCAACCUGCUGCUCGACAGCUGAUCCACCAAAAGUUCUCGGCUACGAGGUUCUCAGUCGACACUGUUCGACAUGUUCCGGUUUAUUGGGCGUGAGAGAGAUGGAUGAGGAGGCCUACCAACGACUUCUAGCUGAACAUUUCAACAGCGGCUGUGAUGCUAACCAUACUGGCUCCUCUGCUGGCACGGAGGCGGCAGUUUUUCGUCGAUCCGAGAAUAAACAUUUGCUUCGGUACACAACUUUCGUUGGCGAUGGAGAUGCAGCUAAUGAACGCGCUCUUCUGGAUGCUGAACCAUAUGGAAAGGAUACUCUCAAGAAAUCAUACGAAGGAAAGAAGGUCGCCGAUGGUUUACAAAUUAGUGGUCGUGCGGGUCGUUUGACAGAUGAAAAAAUUCACCAGCUGACGACUUACUACGGCUCUGCUAUUCGUUCUCACGUGCACGAUUUGAAGUCUAUGCAGGCUGCUUGUUGGAGUAAGUUGAGUCUAUCUCUCUUCAUUCUUCUUUAUCCUCUAUUCAAAACGCAUAGGCACCUACUACCAUUACAAGUCUACACGAUCAAAUCCUCAGCAUGACUUCUGUGAUCUUUCCAAGUGCUACCUUUAUCGGCAGAAGUCGUUCGAUCCGGCCAAACAUAGUUUACCAGAAGCGGUGAUGGAAGCCAUACUACCGGUCUACCAAAAGAUGUGCUCAGAUGAGAUGCUAUUGAAAGUGGUCGAUGGUGGCAGUACGAACGCAAAUGAGUCUUUCCACAAUAUGAUUUGGGCAUCAUGUCCGCAUAGGAUGUCGAAUAUAAAAAGAUAUUUGCUUCGUUUUUCAAACGAAUAUGAUAUAUUUAGGUUUCUUUCCCGCUGUGUCGAUUUAUCCAUAAAUCAGCAUUUCAAUGAAGCACUGCGUAGCAUAC